AUGUCGUCCGUGAAAAGUAUGGGCAGUGUAGAGUACAUGAAAAAGAGAGUUCCACGGAAUCCUAAAUACCGACAUGUGAAAUCAAAGCUGGAUACAGGCUGCAGCCUGAUAAAGUACAUGGAGAAAAUGGAGGAUCUGAAGAAGAAUUACAGAUACAGAAAGGGUGAACUCUUCAAAAGGUUAAAAGUGUCAACAUUCGCUCAGUUGGUAAUCCAGGUUGCUUCGGUUUCGGACAUGAACGAUGUGUUGAUUGAUGAGGAAACAUCAGGGCUCAAUGGCAAAAUGUCCCCACUGUCAGACGAGGAUGUGGAGCAGACCAACGGAACUCUGCGUAUGUCACCCGAGCCAUUCAGCGAUGAUGAGAGUGAUUCUGAGGCAGGAGUCUCCCCCAGGUCUACACUGCAGAGUCUGGUGAGCGGCGUUGGAGAGCUGGACAUGGAGAGCCACGGACAGAGAAAGAGGAGCCAGGGCCCUGUGUCCAGCCCCGGGCCCGUUAACCAGCCCUACCCUGACUGCCCCUACCUCCUGCUGGACGUGCGAGACAGAGAGGAUUACGCCCAGUGCCACGUCAUUAGCGCCUACAGUUAUCCAGUUGCAACUCUGUCUCGGACCAUGGACCCAUACACCAAGGAAGUGCUGGAGUAUAAAAAUGUUCCAGGGAAGAUUAUCAUCGUGUACGACGAGGAUGAGAGGAUUGCAAGUGUGGCCGCCACCACCAUGUGUGAAAGGGGAUUUGAGAAUGUGUUCAUGCUCUCCGGAGGACUGAGGGUGAUCGCACAGAAGUUUCAGGAAGGUAUGACGACAGGCUCCCUCCCGACGCACUGCGUGAGGUGUGCUGCCUCUCACAGGAGUCUGCUACGCGCCCCGCUGCGUCACGAGUCCCGCCCCGCCGAGGUCAAGUGGCGCUUCACCUCCGAGGAUCUCAGGAAGAUCCAGCAGUACCAGGACGAGAUGCUCAUGCCCACAGCCUCCAACAUGACUCUUUCAUCCAAGAGCAGCUGUCUGUCCAAAUCCUCCAGCAGCAGGAGCCAGCAGAUCUCCUCAGCCGCAGGGACAGACAGCUCCAGGUCCCAGAGCAGCCGGCCUUGGAGAUAA